UUGGGUACAUUCCUGCAAUGUAUUGGUUAGGAUAUUGUUAUCAAUAUGGAGCGGGUGUUAAACGGAAUUUAGAAAAUGCUGCCAACCUUUAUCAAGAAGUAAUUCAGAAUGGAGACUAUUGUGAUGCAAGAAAAAACUUGGAUCUUUAA